AUGGGGAAAAUGGCGAUGCGAUGGCAUGGAUCAGGCAAACCGAUGUCCAAACUAAUUCCACAGAUUGCAUUUAGACUGGACAAGGACGCUAUUAAUGCUGCAGUGCUUGAUGGGAUUAUGACCAAGAUCGAGAGCAAUUCAUUAGAAACUUUAGGGUUUGUCAAUUCAAACUGUCCAGCAACACUUGUCCGGUAUAAGCGGACAAGUAUUACUAAAAUCCAAAUGCUUAUGAUGGACAUCGAUCUUGGCAUCCAGCAGUCUGCAGAUUCCGAAAUGGCUCUUGAUCCGGAUCAUCCAGAUAACGAUGCUUUGUAUGCAGCAGAACACAACGCUCAUCCUGGAAUACAAUCCACUGGCUACACUGCAACAGGUAUUCUGACAGACAAUCCAAGAAAACUGCAGCAUACCAACGAAUCCAUCUUGCCAUGCGAGUUUAUUGCAUCGCUUCGUUCGGUUGCUCCAUUUGUUACUAUCCUUCGAGCCAUUUCCUUCAAACAGAAAGCAUACUGUACAAUCGCUGCAGAGGGUAUGAGACUGACUGCAGAAGACUCUCGAACAGUUCAAGCCAAAGCAUACCUUCCAAAAUCAUUAUUUCGGGAAUUCAAAUUAUCUGAUGGAUCGGCAUUGACUCCAGAUGAAGAGUUGUCGUUUAUGGUCGAUAUUCGAGUUCUCACUGACUGCUUGACUAUUUUUGGCGCUCAGCAACAACCAGGCGGUUACUCUAAUGAAGAUCUUCCUCAACAACAACCUCAACAAGCCUCUCACAUCGGAAUACAAUCUUCGCCAGUUUCAUUGCAAUUGAGUUAUCCAAAAGGAGGUGGAGAGCUUACGCUAAUGCUUCAAGAUGGAAACAUUGUUACUGCUUGCAACUUGGCUACAUAUGAUAAUGAGCCCAUCACUGAUUUACAUGCUACUUUUGGGGAUCGACAGAUUGUUGGAAAAAUUAUCAUGAAGUCGGAUUGGCUCAAAACUGCGUUUGGCGAAUUGGAUAGUACGUCAAGCGAUCUUACUCUUUCCAUCUCACCACAGCAUCCAUUUUUGCGGAUCUCUGCAUCAGGACUGGCAGGAGAGUCUGAGUUGGAUUAUCCGCGUGAUACAGAAGUUCUUGAAUCUUUUAGUUGUACCAUGCCCACCUCCAACAAAUACAAAUUCACCAUGCUUCAUCCGUGCAUGAAAGCACUAGGAAUGUCAACCAAAACAUCAAUACGUGUAAACGAAAUUGGCAUCUUGAGUUUGCAGUUUAUGAUUCAGCUGACAACCUCGCAAAUUAGUUUCGUGGACUAUAUUGUAAGUGAUUGA